AAAGCGACAUCGAGCUGGACCUUCGUGGCCACAGCCGUUCGGGGCGUGAGGUGAGCAUGUCCCCGCUGUCCUCAGUGCCAGGGCUGAGGAUGCCCCAUGUGCCCACACCCCAUGGGCAGCCCCCCAGCCCCACUGCUGACAGGGAUGGGGGGUGCUCUCCCUCCAGCAUCUGCAGAUGUGAUGAACGGGGCUGCUUCCUCUACGUGGUGCAUGCAGAGGAGGAUUUCCAGCUCUACUUCCCCUCCCAGCAGCAUUGCCGGUGGUUCUGUGACCAGAUCCAGUCCCUCCUGGCCACACAGGCAGUGGGCGGCGAGGAGGUGCCCAGCCCCACGCAGCCCAUCUUGGAGUACAGCUACGAGUACUCGGAGGCGGGUGAGCGAGUGGUCCUGGGCAGGGGGACCUAUGGGGUGGUCUACGCCGGGCGCUGCCUCAGCAACCAAGUGCGCAUCGCCAUCAAGGAGAUCCCGGAGCGGGACAGCUGGUACUCGCAGCCCUUGCACGAGGAGAUCGCCUUGCACAAGCGCCUGCGGCACAGGAACAUCGUGCAGUACCUGGGCUCCAUCAGCCAGGACGGCUUCAUCAAGAUCUUCAUGGAGGAGGUGCCGGGAGGGAGCCUCUCGUCCCUGCUGCGCUCCAAGUGGGGGCCGCUGAAGGACAACGAAGCCACCAUCGUCUUCUACACCCGCCAGAUCCUGGACGGGCUCAGCUACCUCCACGACAACCACAUCGUGCACCGCGACAUCAAGGGAGACAACAUCCUCAUCAACACCUACAGCGGGGUGCUGAAGAUCUCCGAUUUUGGUACCUCCAAGCGCCUGGCAGGCAUCAGCCCCAGCGCCGAGACCUUCACUGGCACCCUGCAGUACAUGGCCCCAGAAAUCAUCGACCAGGGCCCGUGGGGCUACGGGAAGCCAGCAGACAUCUGGUCCUUGGGCUGCACCAUCAUCGAGAUGGCCACGGGCAAGCCCCCCUUCUACGAGCUGGGCAGCCCCCAAGCUGCCAUGUUCAAGGUGGGGAUGUUCAAGAUGCACCCAGAGGUGCCCGAGUCUAUGUCAGCCCAGGCCAAGGCCUUCAUCCUGCGCUGCUUCCAGGCCGACCCGGCUGAGCGGGCGACAGCGGCCGCGCUGCUGCAGGACCCCUUCCUCGCCGACGCCAGGAGGGGCCGGAGCCGGCCCCUGGCCCCAGCAGGGGGUGAGUUUUGGGGGGGCAAGAUCCCUGCCCAGGACUCAGGCAGCUCUGACUCCCUUCUGCGUUCGUCCUCCCCCGAGGAGAGCAGCGGGGACGGCUUCCUCCUGCGCAAGGACAGCAAACGCCGGGCCACGCUGCACCGCGUCCUCAGCGCAGAGGCAGCGGCCAUCAUCACUGCCCUGGAGGAGAGCCAGCAGCCCCUCAGCAUCUCCUUUGCCCACCCAUCGUCCUCCCCCGAGGAGAGCAGCGGGGACGGCUUCCUCCUGCGCAAGGACAGCAAACGCCGGGCCACGCUGCACCGCGUCCUCAGCGCAGAGGCAGCGGCCAUCAUCACUGCCCUGGAGGAGAGCCAGAGCGCGACGGGCGGGAGGUUGAGCUCGGAGCAUCUCGCCCAGCUGCUGGGCUGCCUGCGGAGCUACAUCCAGUGCCCCAACCAGCACCGGCUGUGCCAGGACCUCCUUACGCUCGUACGCCGCGUGCUGCGCCGGCACCACAUCAAACCCCACUGGAUGUUUGCGCUGGACAAUGCCAUGAGCCAGGCGGUGCAGGCGGCUUUCACCGUGCUGGUGAGAGACCUGGGACUGAAGGCCGACUGUGCAGGAGGUGACAGCACCAAGGACAUGAGUGAUGAGGAUGACCCCGUUCCACCAAGUCUCUCCGUCCCCAGGAGCCAACCCCAGCGGGACAGCCCCAAUUCGCUCCUCGCUCGCGGCUUCACCCUGCAGGACCUGCUGGGCUGCGCCACCCACGAUGACCUCCUCUACGUGGGCAUCAG